GCCGCUCGGGCUCCCAGGGUUGGUGCUCGGGCGGCCGGCGGUGCAAGAAGCAGCGGCGGGGCCAUGAGGGCGAGCCCGGGGUGCGGCAGCUGAUCCGGCCGGGGGAGGAACCGCCAGGAGUCCCCCGAGGAUCCCGAGAGUGCGGCGCUCGGGGCUGGGGGCCGGGAGGCGCGCGGGGGAGCCGCAGGAACGUGGCCCGGGGCCUGUGCAUAGCAGCAGCUGCAGACUAUACUUUGCUGCUCAAAUUGGAGAUAUUAGGACCUCAGUACGUGCCACAGGUCAUGGAAGCCACAAAUUAAGCAUGACUCACAUUUUUAGAGUCUCAAUUUCAGUGAUGUAGUCAAAGGUAGGUGAACCUGUGAAACAAUAUGAAGAGGAGAAAAUAGCCUUUUAAAGAAAGUAGUCCACAGAAAGGAUGGCCUUCUUGGACAAUCCAACUAUCAUUCUAGCUCAUAUUCGACAGUCACACGUGACCAGUGAUGACACAGGAAUGUGUGAGAUGGUUCUCAUUGAUCAUGAUGUUGACCUCGAGAAGAUUCAUCCUCCUUCGAUGCCUGGAGACAGUGGGUCAGAUAUUCAGGGAAGCAAUGGUGAGACUCAGGGCUAUGUCUACGCCCAGUCAGUCGAUAUUACCUCAAGUUGGGACUUUGGUAUUAGAAGACGCUCAAACACAGCUCAAAGAUUAGAACGACUCCGAAAAGAGAGACAAAACCAGAUCAAAUGCAAAAAUAUUCAAUGGAAAGAAAGAAAUUCUAAGCAAUCAGCCCAGGAGUUAAAGUCACUGUUUGAAAAAAAGUCCCUCAAAGAGAAACCUCCAAGUUCUGGAAAGCAGUCAAUAUUAUCUGUACGCCUGGAACAGUGCCCUCUGCAGCUGAAUAACCCCUUUAACGAAUAUUCCAAAUUUGAUGGCAAGGGUCAUGUCGGCACAACGGCAACUAAGAAGAUUGACGUCUACCUCCCCCUGCACUUGAGCCAGGACAGACUGCUGCCCAUGACCGUGGUGACAAUGGCCAGCGCCAGGGUGCAGGACUUGAUUGGGCUCAUCUGCUGGCAGUACACGAGUGAAGGACGGGAACCGAAGCUCAAUGACAAUGUGAGUUCCUACUGCCUGCACAUUGCUGAGGAUGAUGGGGAGGUUGACACAGACUUCCCUCCACUGGAUUCCAAUGAGCCCAUUCAUAAGUUCGGCUUCAGUACUUUGGCCUUGGUUGAAAAGUAUUCGUCGUCUUGUCUGAUACCCAAAGAGUCACUCUUCGUUCGAAUAAAUGCUGCUCAUGGAUUCUCCCUUAUUCAGGUGGACAACACAAAGGUCACUAUGAAAGAAAUCUUGCUAAAGGCAGUGAAGCGAAGAAAAGGAUCCCAGAAAAUUUCAGGCCCUCAGUACCGCCUGGAGAAGCAGAGCGAGCCCAAUGUCGCCGUGGACCUGGAGAGCACUUUGGAGAGCCAGAGCGCGUGGGAGUUCUGCCUGGUCCGCGAGAACAGUUCAAGGGCAGAUGGGGUUUUUGAGGAGGAUUCGCAAAUUGACAUCGCUACUGUACAGGAUAUGCUCAGCAGCCACCAUUAUAAGUCUUUCAAAGUCAGCAUGAUCCACAGACUCCGGUUUACAACUGAUGUGCAGUUAGGUAUCUCUGGAGACAAAGUCGAGAUAGACCCGGUUACGAAUCAGAAAGCCAGCACGAAGUUUUGGAUUAAACAGAAACCCAUCUCAAUCGAUUCCGACCUGCUCUGUGCCUGUGACCUUGCUGAGGAAAAAAGCCCCAGUCACGCAAUAUUCAAACUCACGUAUCUAAGCAAUCACGACUAUAAACACCUCUACUUCGAAUCCGAUGCUGCUACCAUCAAUGAGAUUGUGCUCAAGGUGAACUACAUCCUAGAAUCGCGCGCAAGCACUGCCCGGGCCGACUACUCUGCUCAGAAACAAAGAAAACUGAACAGACGCACAAGCUUCAGCUUCCAGAAGGAGAAGAAAUCAGGGCAGCAGUGAUGCCACCUCUCGCCUCAAUCUGUUCCAGAGCUCCAGGCCCGCCUGCCAGGGCCCGGGGCCGAGGACCCGCCAUGUGUCAGCAGCCCGGGACAGCGGAGCUGGGGGCAUUUCUGCGGACCAGAGCCUGCAAGGCAGCAGGCAGGACAGCCCGGCCCAGGGCCUGCCACGCCCCGGGGUGUACAUAGCUGUGCCAGGCACUUCCUUGCAACUUGAUCAAAUUUCUUAAAAACGAGAACAAAAUGUACAUUUCUCUUAUUUUUCCCCCACUUUUAAUAAACAGGUGUACUCUUUA